GGGCACGGUGGUGGUCGUAUACAGUGUUACAGAUAGAGAGGAGCGCAGUACUGUACUGGAGGAGGAGGAGUGUCUCUCAGUAAAGCAGUGGAGCUCACAUGAUCUGAGGGCUGUUUUUACGGGCUUUGCUCUGUUUGCUCCCUCGCUGAUGGGUUGCGGUGGAAGCCGAGCAGAUGCCAUCGAACCGCGCUAUCCGGAGAGCUGGACCAGAGAGACCGAGUCGACAUGGCUCACCAGCACCGAGGCUGAAACGCCUAAUGGCGGCAGCAGCAGCAAGAUCCACCCGGGCUGUGGAGUGGAAGGCGGAAUGGCCUCGAAGGAGAACAGUAAAGUGUCAGGCAGAGGCACAGAGACUCGAUCUUCCUUCUCUUUCAGAGAGAGGAGGAUGGUGAAUGCAGGCACACAGUGUGGGAAGCAGCCCUUGGCCUCCAGUACCUGCACAAACCAGCAGAGACGGUCUCGUCGGAGCUGCCCGGAGCAAACAAGUGACUCAAAGUGGAGAACGUCCAAGGAAGUGACUGUUCCCUCAAAGGAUGUUUCGUCAGGCAGUGAUGUGGCCUCACACCUGGCGAAGCCAAACGGCGAGAGUUCAACCACACAAGACAAGGAGAUUAAUACAAAGGGCUCCAGUCAAGUUAAAUGAUGGCACUUAUAACUGUUAGUAAGCCGUUAAAGCAGUGAAGGGGAAGGGAACUUAAAUGACUAAGAUGAUCCCCAGGGUGCUCCCUGACAGAACGGGGGGGCCGUAAUGGUGCCGUCAUAAAGUUAAGCCAUUUGAGGAAGCCCAUUGUAUGAUGGAAACUCAAACAUGGCCCAUUAAACCAUUAUCUUGUCUUAUUUAAGGAAAAAACUUUUUAGGGUCGAUUAAUUAAUCCAUUGUUUUGUUUCAUGUUGUGGGCCACCUGCUUUGCACAUCGUCUCUAAUCAGAGAAGCAGUACUGGAACUGAAUGUACUAUGAGGUGCAUGAGGCCGGCUUAGCAACCUGCACGCAUGAUUAUUUAUUUAUUUUUUCCUGGAGGGCUGAAAGCAAAGAGUUAUCUAUUUAAUGUUUAUUCAGUGUUUCCCAGCAGAUGUAUGCUGAAUCAUGAUGACAAAUAUGAUCAAUAGUAUAAUUCUAAUGUUAUUAUUGUAUUAUUGUAUUAAUGUUUCAUUAUAUUCUGUUUGAUCAAUGUUAAUUAAAUGCUCAAGAUCAAUGGGCAGAAGUG